UAUACUGUCAUUUCUGUCGAAAGUGUCAAAUUUGUCAAAUAAAUACUUGUUAAUUGUUUGUAUAUGUUUUCGUUGUAGAAUUUAAUUGUAUAAUUUGAAAUGUCUGGAGAAGAUUGUGAUGUAGAUCGUGGCGAUAGUGAUGGUCAAAAAUCUGAUAAAAUGUUUACAUUGAAAAAAUGGAAUGCUGUAGCAAUGUGGAGUUGGGACGUUGAAUGCGACACUUGCGCUAUUUGCCGUGUACAAGUGAUGGACGCAUGUUUACGGUGCCAAGGAGAGAGCAAGAAGGACUCAUACGGCAAGCAAGACUGCGUGGUUGUAUGGGGCGAAUGUAAUCACAGUUUUCACUUCUGCUGCAUGUCACUCUGGGUAAAACAGAACAACCGCUGCCCACUAUGUCAACAAGAAUGGUCUAUACAACGAAUGGGUAAAUGAAAUGUCAUCGUCUCCUGUACUAUUCAUCUCGUCUUACUUAAUAGGUAGCUAUUAAGUAAGAAGAGAUGAAUAUAUCACUUUUUUUCUUUAAUUAAAAAAAAAUAUCUAUUAACUAUAACAUUAA